AAACAAAUUCAACUUUCAACUGAGCGGACGUCACGCAGCCAACAGCGGCAGCAGCAGCAGCAAUAGCAGCAACAGCAGCCAGCCAGCGAGUCAGCAGCAGAGGCAGAGUUUCUCUCAAUUUGCCGUCUUGUGUGAGCGAUAUUUGGGAUUCGGAAUUCCAUAGCCGCCAUCCAGCUUCAGUCGUUUGGCAUUGGCCCGACAUGCCGGUACAAGAGACGCAUCAUCGUUUUCGUUUACGCCAACAAUUGUUGUUGUUUGUUUGCGUCGCGUCGCGUCGCGUUCACAGCAACAAAUAAAUAGUUUUAUUUAUUGGCGGCACACGGAAUAGUUUAUUAUUGUAUUGUGUGCAUUUGCUGCUAGUGAAAUACACGCCCAUUGCAGCUGGCAAAUCGCGCGCGCGUUUUUUAGUGGGUGUCAACAGCAUCAAAUGUAUCUCAAAGAUACGCAAACAAUGCAACAACAAGCCUUUUAAGUGCAGCAGCAACAAAAACAACAAUAACAAUAAAUACCAAAGCAAACGUAUAUUAAAAAGAAUUACCAAAAAAAAAUAAAUAAAAAUAAAAGGAAAUCGAAGGCAGCCAAAAUGAUGGCGCUCGAUGGGAAAGCGAUAAUUAAGGAGGAGAUUACCGACAAGGAUGCAUACGACGCGGCGGCCGCAGCAGCGGCAGCGGUCGCAGUUGCCACAUCAACAGCUGCCUCAUCCGCGUCAUCCUCGUCAGCGGCCUCAUCAGCAGCAGCAGUGGCGGCGGCGGCGGCAGCAGCAGCAGCGGCUGCAAACACAGCAGCAACUGCGGCUGCAAUUAGUCGACGGCUCAAAGCGAACAGCAGCAGCAGCAACUGCAGCAGCAACAGCAGCAGCAGCAACGGCGACAAGUGUUCCAACAACUCAUCCAACAACUCCAGCUCCUCCUCCUCCUCCAGCAGCAAAGACACAGCCAGCAAUGGCUGUCGAGAGCGUGAGCGCGAGCGUGAGCGAGAACGAGAGCGAGAUAGACUGUGCCGCACACCGCCGGAUUCACCGCCAGAGCUGGCACGCAAUUUGGUUGCUGCACCACGUUCGCCACACUCGCCGCCAACAUCGCUGCCACAUCAUCAUCAACAGCAGCAGCAGCAGCAACAGCAACAGCAGCAGCGACCGCAGCGCAAUGCGAGCGCCUCGCCCGUUAUCAAUGGCAGCAAUGCAACAUCGCCAACGCCAGCGGCCGCCCAGCAACAACAUGCAGCCACUUUGGCGGCCGCUGCUGCCGCCGCCGCCGCAGCCGCUGCACAUGUGGAACAGGCGCGUCUGCUUGGCAAGCUGAGAAAAUUCCUCGGCUCGUUGCUGCAAUUCGCACAGGAACUCGGCCAGCCGGAAGUGAGCGAACGGGUGCGUGCCCUAAUCCUCUCCCUCUGCAGCAGUUCCAUUUCGCUCGAGGAAUUCCGUCUGGCGCUGCAGGAGGCCAUCAAUUUGCCGUUGCGUCCAUAUGUGAUGCCGUUGCUCAAGAAUAGCGUGACGCUCAUGCAACGUGAGAUACUCGCCCUGUCGCGUGCCACAAAUCAAUCGGCGCUGCAAUAUGUCACCAGCAAUGAGCAGGCUGUCAUGGAACAUCAGCCACAUAGCGCCGAAUUUGCCGACAUCUUUGUGCAGCUGGAGGCGCCAUCGAAUGGCAACAGUGGUGCACUGUUCAAGCGUCGCUCCUCGGACUCGAUGAUGGAGCAGGGGCACAACAGUGCCGCACACAAUGGCCUGCAGGAGUGGAGUGAUUAUAUGGCAGCCGGGGCAUCAUAUGCGCCUCCAAGCAAACGUCUGGCCAUGCAUACCAAUCCGGCGCCAGCUCAUUCAAUGCUCGCCUUUGACUAUAGCGCCGCUGCAGCUGCAGCUGCUGCUGCCGCCGGCGAUGCUGGCGGUUUUAUGCAGCGUGAUGAGCGCGAGCUGCCCCGUCAUGCACCGCCUCAGGUGGCACGUGGCGGCGGUGGCAACGCUCCACCGGGUGGUGGUGGUGGUGGUGGCGGCGGCGGCGGUGCUUGUGGUGGUGGUGGUGCUGGUACUGCUGGCGGCGAGGAGGAAUGGAAGAAUAUACAUACCAUGCUCAAUUGCAUCUCGGCCAUGGUGGACAAAACAAAGCGAGCGAUUACCAUCUUGCAACAGCGUGGCAUUGAGCCGCAGCACGGCAGCAACAGCAGCCAGGAAUUGACGCCAGCCGCAAUGGCCGAGCUGCGACGCCAGACCGAAGAGAAGGUUGCCGAAUUCAAGCGGAAUGCCGAGGAUGCAGUCACACAGGUCAAGCGACAGGCUGUGAUUGAGAUACAACGUGCCGUUGUUGCCGCCGAGACGCGUGCAGCGGAGAUCAUGACACAGGAGCGACUGCGCAUGGAAAAGUUCUUCAUGGAGAUGAGCCGGCAUUCCAGUGGUGAGCGCGAUCUGGACAACAAGUCACCAUCCAUAACCAGCGCACAGAAUGGCAGCAAUUUGCAACAGCAAUGCUGGAAUUGCGGCCGCAAGGCCACCGAAACCUGCUCCGGCUGCAACAUGGCUCGCUAUUGCAGUGCCUCGUGUCAAUACAGGGAUUGGGAUAGCCAUCACCAGGUUUGCGGCAACUCACGUGCCACCGAGCUGAGUGCCAAACAUUUGCAGCAUUCGGCAAACGCCAGUGGAUUGAGAAGCGCCAUUUCCACCCGAUCACCGCCCACGCCAACAGCAGCAGCUGCAGCGGCGGCAGCUGCAGCUAGCGCCCACCUACAGGCAGCUGCUGCCGGCGCACGUGAAGCGGCUGCUGUGGCAGCUGCUGGCACUGCUGUUGGUGGUGUUGCUGGCGGUGGUGGUGGUGGUGGUGCUGCUGCUGCCGUCAGCGCUGGGACGCCCAGUGCCCUGGUGCCUAAUGGAUUGGGCUCCAAAUGACGCAUUCGCAUGAUGAAACCCAAGAAGAAGUACUUGUGCUAGUCAAAUUAAAUGGAAGCGAUAUGAUAUGAAACACUACGAUUAUAAUUAAACCUACAAUAUAUAAUUAUGCAGUUCAACUAAAGAAAAACUUAACCAAAAAAAAAUAAUAAAAUAAUAAACAAAAAAAAAAAAGAAACGAAAUGAAAAAUAGGGGAAGAGACAUUGUCAGCAUUAUCCAAAUAGUUUUCUAAAUGCACACCUAAAGAUACUUCAAGUAAACACAAGAUAGAAAUGUAAUUUGAAACUCAAUUCCUUUUUGCAUUUCAGCAUUCAAAAUAUACUAAAAAAAUCAACAAAAAAAAAAAGUAGCCUACAAAAAAUACUGUUAAAUGAGUAAUUAAAUUAUAAAUUGUGUGAGCACUUAAAA